UGGACGCCGCAGCAUCCGAAGUACCAGGAGACCAUGCGAUACAUGCGGCAUCAAGAAUUCCACAAUGCCCUUGAUAGGGUCCAACAGCUCGUCGCUCAACGUCUUCUGGAGCUCACGAAGGCGAACAUGACAGGCAUGGGCUACAAGAUGCGUACGUCGAUCGGGAAAGCUCUCAAGGCGCGCGGGAAAGCCAUCCGGUCAGCGUUGAACAAGUACAACCGACUCGCCUUGCAGAUGAAGCCCCCCGCGCCACAACUCUUGUGGAAGGACGUCGUUACAUACACGUUCAUCUCCGAGUUCGAGCUCUUGCGUCAUUCAUACACAGACCGAGACAUCACAUCCGCUCCGUGGACAAAGCAACGCAAUCGGGAGGUGACGUCGAUGUAUUUCAAGGUCCUUGGCGCGCGGAAGGAGAUGCAACGCAUCCACGUGGAGGCACGUCGUCUGCACACGUCGAUAGUUGUAGAGCGUCUUGAGUACGAAGCCGCUAUCCGAACGACCAUGCCCACCGACCCAUGUCUUGCCGGGGAGCUCACUGCCACCUACCGUUCACGUUCACGAAUCCAUGACACGCUCCUUGCUCGACUUCGCGCCCUCUAUGACCUCCCAGGAUACACGGGAACGCGUACGCCAGGAGUCCCAGUUGGACGCGGUAGAGACCUUGUGCUUGCUUGGCAGGCUACCACCCACAAAACCUCGGCACAUGCGUCCGCUGCCAGCGACAAAUCCGAGCCCUCCGUACCCGGAACGGAUAGUCUCAGUGGACGACACGAAGGAGCUAUGGAGGAUGGAGAGGAUGGCGAUCUGGACGACGUGCAUGCUAACGACGCUUUGAACGAAGACAUGGUAAGGUUGACAGAGACAUUGGAAGGGCUGCCACUGUAG